AGUAGGAGCAAUUGGAAAUAUGUCAAGUAGUUCAUAGCUAACUUCCUUUUCCGUUGGAUUCUUCUAGCAGAAGUGGACGUGUCUAAAGUUUUAAGAUGGGUCGCCGACCAGCAAGAUGUUAUCGCUACUGCAAAAAUAAGCCGUACCCAAAGUCCAGAUUUUGUCGAGGUGUGCCAGACCCAAAAAUUCGUAUAUUCGAUUUGGGCAGAAAAAAGGCUUCAGUUGAGGAUUUUCCUUUGUGUGUUCAUUUAGUAUCAGAUGAAUAUGAGCAACUUAGUAGUGAGGCGUUGGAGGCUGGUCGCAUUUGCUGCAACAAGUAUUUAGUAAAAUACUGCGGUAAAGAUCAAUUCCACAUACGUAUGCGUCUACAUCCAUUCCACGUGAUUCGAAUUAAUAAAAUGUUGUCAUGUGCUGGAGCGGAUAGGCUUCAGACUGGAAUGCGUGGAGCGUUUGGUAAACCACAGGGAACAGUCGCUCGUGUUCACAUCGGCCAGCCAAUAAUGUCGGUUCGCUCCAGUGAUCGUUAUAAGGCUCAAGUUGUUGAGGCCCUACGUCGUGCCAAGUUUAAGUUUCCAGGACGUCAAAAGGUCGGAUCAGUAGUAAAUAUAAUUAGGGGUUUCACAUAGUCUCAUAAAGUUAUAAGUUAUAGCGAUGAAAACAUAGUGUUCAGAAUUGUAUUAGCGUAAACGUAUUUUAAUAUGCAAUCUAACAAAUAUUUUAAACUAGUAUAAAAAUUUAUUAUUUUACAAUGCUUUAUGGCACGUUAAGAGUACCCCAAAUAUGUUUGUCAACGAUGUAGGACGCAUUAAUUAUAUAUUUUUUAAAACGUUAUAUUUUUACGCGAAUAUUACAAGUCCGUGCAUAUUUUAAUGGUUGUGUGUAAAUGUAUAAAAAUAUACAUAUAUAAAACGCAU